GCGGUGUUUAAAAUCAAAAGAAAAUAUAUAUGUAUAUAUUUGUCUCCAUAAAAUUAUAGUUUUAAACGCCCAAAAAUAACAAUUGUACACAAUAUUGUUAAGUGUACGAGCCAAAAGCGUGUGCAAUUAAUGAAAAUGCAUUGAUGAGCUGCAAUAAAAGCAGUGCAAUUGCUUACACAAAUGAAGAAGGAGGAACCCAGCCCAAAAAGCAUAAGCGAGAGGAGUACAUACGUACAUGUAGAAGAGAAAAAGAAAAGGGAAAAUUUUUUUUUGUUUGGUGUGUGUGUGUGUGUGUAAAUGAAAAGUGCAGACUCCAAACUUAAACUAGCAAUAAACAAAGCGGAAAAGUGAGCAACAAAAAAUAAUAAAGCGAACGCAACGAAUUUAGACAAGAGCGAAAAGAAGAAACAAAUCAAAGAAAAAAGCCCACACACACACAGACAUAGACGCACAUAGAAACACACACAAUGGAUACAGAUAGACCAAAUGGCCAAGAGACGAAAGUCAUCUAUCAUAUUGACGACGAGAGCACACCGUACUUGGUUAAAAUACCGAUACCCUCCGCUCAGGUGACACUCAAAGACUUCAAAAUGGUGCUCAACAAACAGAACAACAACUACAAGUAUUUCUUUAAAUCCAUGGACGCCGACUUUGGUGUGGUCAAAGAGGAAAUCGCCGACGAUGCAACAAUAUUGCCUUGCUUCAAUGGACGCGUCGUGUCCUGGCUUGUGUCCGCCGACGGCACCAAUCAGUCCGACAAUUGCUCCGAGUUGCCACCCAGCGAAUGUGAAAUGCGAGUACGCAGCCAUUUGGCGCUGCAGCAGCAGCAACAACAGCAGCAGCAACAGCAACAACAGCAGCAACAUCAGCAGCAGCAACAACAGCAGCAGCAUCAACAGCAGCAACAACAUAAGCUAGCGCCACUGCAAAUGCUGCAACCGCCGCCACUUACAUAUCAAUCAGCCUCAGUGCUGUCCAGCGAUCUGGACUCGACCAGUCUCUUUGGCACAGAGUCGGAACUGACAUUGGAUCGCGACAUGACCGACUACAGCAGCGUGCAGCGUCUGCAGGUGCGCAAGAAGCCCCAGAGACGCAAAAAGCGUGCGCCCAGCAUGUCGCGCACCUCGUCAUACAGCUCCAUAACCGACUCCACCAUGUCGCUAAACAUUAUUACUGUUUCCAUUAAUAUGGAGGCGGUUAAUUUUCUUGGCAUCUCCAUUGUGGGACAGUCGAAUCGUGGCGGCGAUGGUGGCAUCUAUGUGGGCAGCAUUAUGAAGGGCGGCGCUGUUGCCUUGGAUGGACGCAUUGAGCCCGGCGACAUGAUCUUGCAGGUGAACGAUGUCAAUUUCGAGAACAUGACCAAUGAUGAGGCAGUGCGUGUGUUGCGCGAGGUAGUGCAAAAGCCGGGACCCAUCAAGCUGGUGGUGGCCAAAUGCUGGGAUCCCAAUCCCAAGGGUUACUUUACCAUACCGCGCACGGAGCCGGUGCGUCCCAUCGACCCAGGCGCUUGGGUAGCGCAUACACAGGCUCUAACCUCGCACGACAGUAUUAUGGCGGACAUACCAGAGCCGAUCAAAGAGCGUCUGGAUCAGAAUAAUCUGGAGGAGAUUGUGAAGGCCAUGACCAAGCCAGACAGCGGCUUGGAGAUACGUGAUCGCAUGUGGUUAAAGAUAACCAUACCAAAUGCUUUUAUUGGCGCCGACGCUGUCAACUGGGUGCUGGAGAAUGUCGAGGAUGUGCAGGAUAGGCGCGAGGCGCGUCGCAUUGUCUCCGCCAUGUUGCGAAACAAUUAUAUCAAGCACACGGUCAACAAGCUGACCUUCUCCGAGCAAUGCUACUAUGUGGUGAAUGAGGAGCGCAAUCCCAACUUGCGCACGCAUCCACACCCGCAUGCACUCAGUCAUGCGGACACGGAGAGCAUUACCAGCGACAUUGGACCGUUGCCUAAUCCUCCCAUUUAUAUGCCAUACUCGGCCACGUACAAUCCCAGUCAUGGCUAUCAGCCAAUACAGUACGGCAUUGCCGAGCGACACAUCUCGUCGGGUUCGAGCAGCUCCGAUGUGCUCACCAGCAAGGAUAUAUCCGCUUCGCAAAGUGACAUCACCUCUGUUAUACAUCAGACCAAUCAGCUCACCAUUGCCGCCCACGGUUCCAAUAAGUCAUCGGGCUCUUCAAAUCGCGGCGGCGGAGGCGGGGGUGGUGGCAACACCAAUGAUCAGGACGUAUCCGUAUUUAAUUACGUAUUGUAGAAAUUCUUUUGCAAUGAA